GCAUCUUGUGAGCUUGCCUCAAGCCUUCAUUGCGUCUCUACAAGCAUGGUCCAAGCCAUUGCGCCCGUGCCGUCGACACCGGCAGCCACAGAUAUCGAUUCCACUGCCCCCUUGCGCUCUGUGAAGGUCGAUUCUUUGGUUGUGCUCAAAAUCGCAAAGCACUGUCGCGAAAGCUUUCCUCAUCCCGGUACGACUGGCCAGUUACUCGGAUUGGAUGUCAAAGAUGUACUAGAGGUCACCAACUGCUUUCCCUUUCCUUCACCCAAUGAGGGCGAGGAAGGAAGUGGUUCUGCCAAGGCAAAAGCACAGCACAUGAACCACAUGAUUCACUGGCUUCGUGACGUUGGCGUAGAUAAUAACGUUGUUGGCUGGUAUCAGUCUGCAUACCUGGGAACUUUCCUGAACCAACAGCUCACAGAAACACAAUUUGCCUAUCAAAAGCAACUCAAUGACCGCUCUGUUGUGCUUGUGCACGACAUUUGCACAUCGAAUGCCGGCAAUUUGAGCUUGAAAGCGUACAGGCUCGCACCCGCCUUCUUGGCAGCACAAAAGGAAGCUGGCGGCAAGCUCUUGCUAAGCACAAUACAAAAGCACAACCUGACUCACAGAGAUAUUCUCGAGGAGCUUCCUAUUGAGGUGUGCAACUCGCACCUCGCAACAGCCCUGCUCGCAGAGCUGACACCGAUCCCAUCAAAAGCCGACAAGCUCUCGCACAACCCUGAAGAUACAACUUUUGGUGCACCCAGCUAUGCGUCGCUCGAUUUGGCCGUUGACCCGUAUCUUGAGAAGAAUAUUGACUUUUUGCUCGAAGGCAUUGACGACUACAACUAUGAGCAGAAUGCGCUGCAAUACCAUGCACGACAAAUGGCACGCGAACAUGCGCGUCGCAAAGCAGAGAAUACACAGCGCGUGUUUGUUGGACAAAAGCCAAUCGAGGGACCUGUUGUCGUGGCGAAUGAGCCCAACAGACUCGAGUCACUGCUCAUUUCCGGGCAGAUUGAUAAUUACUGCAGCCAGAUUGAAGAGUUUAGUGGACCGGCCAUUUCGAAGCUCUACUUUGCUUCGGGUGCCGUUUAGCAUAUAGAUUACGCCUACAAUUUUGCCUUGACUUUGGUCUGUAAUCUAUCAUCACCAUUCUCC